AUGGAGAAUACACCGAAAAGUUCGAGACAAUCGACCCGUAUCAGACAAAGAAACAUUCACGAGUUUAUGGGUAAUAUAAGCCGGAAACAACAACAUCCUCUUAAUCGUUCAAAUCAAAGCGUAACCAAUGCAGCGUCUUCAGAGGGGUGUACAUCCAAAGCGAAAGUUCCCAACGCACCAGCCGAAAUAGUGGAAUCUAUCCCUGCGCAACAGCUGUUAGGAAAUUCAUAUGCCCGGGAACUGUUCUUCCGCCACACCAAUACCAUGGAAGUGUUGGCACAAAUGCUUCCCCAAAGUAGUGGUACUAUCCUAGAACAUUUUGCGGCCCAGCUGUACGAAGAUUUUAUUACAAAACCGAGACGUCCUAAAGUCCGCAAGUAUAUAGAAGCAAUACGAUUCGAUACGCGCUAUGCGGAAGGCAUGUUUCGCCUUGCUCUAAAAGUGCCAAUCAGCAGCGCACAGGAGCACACAGUCUACCAGCAAAAGCUGACACAAGCGGGUAUCAAAAAGAUGUGCUUCGUCGACAUGAUACAAGACAAUUUAGUUCUGGAACAUAAGGAAAAGGUAGUGAAUGUUUUAAAGGAAAGGUUUGGCGAAAACUGGCCCCUCAAGUUGGGCAAGUUACCAAAGUACAUGUCCACAAGCCAGCGACUACUUGAAGAUGCGGAACGUAGAUUUAUAUGCCGACUAAAGCACCAAUCAUCCCUGAAGGGCGGCUGGUUACUACGGGUACCGGAAGUGGUACAGCAACUAACUCGAGAGUCCAGGAUUCCGAGCGAGCAGCGAAAAAAUUUGAUAUGGGCAACUUUGCGGUUCGAUAAUGACUAUCUAAAUAAGAAAUAUAGCACGGGUGAUUAUAGUAGAUUCCAGAACGACGUGGACAUUAACAUGGAAGAUUUCAUGGAGUGUCAGCCGCAACGUAAAAUCGACCAAUAA